AUGACUAUCAAGAAUUCCUCUGUGACAGAGUUCAUCCUCGCAGGCCUGACAGACCAGCCAGGACUCCGCAUGCCCCUCUUCUUCCUGUUUCUAGGUUUCUACAUGGUGACUGUGGUGGGGAAUCUGGGCUUGAUCUCCCUGAUCGGGCUGAACUCUCACCUGCACACCCCCAUGUACUUCUUUCUCUUCAAUCUUUCUGUAAUAGAUUUUUGCUAUUCCUCCACUAUCAUCCCCAAAAUGUUGAUGAGUUUUAUCUCAAAGAAGAACAUCAUCUCACACUCAGGGUGCAUGACACAGCUGUUUUUCUUCUGUUUCUUUGUUUUCUCUGAGUCCUUUAUUCUGUCAGCCAUGGCAUAUGACCGCUAUGUUGCCAUCUGUAACCCCCUGAUGUACACGGUCACCAUGUCUCCUCAGAUCUAUUUACUUCUUUUACUGGGAGUCUAUGUGAUGGGCUUCUCUGGCGGUAUAGCCCAUACAGGGAACCUAAUGAAUCUGACCUUCUGUGCAGACAACCUUGUCAAUCACUUCAUGUGUGACAUUCUUCCCCUUCUCGAGCUCUCCUGCAGCAACACCUUCACAAAUGAGCUUGUGGUUUUCAUUGUUGUGGCCUUUGGUAUCGGUGUACCCAUUGCCACCAUCUUCAUCUCUUACGCCCUCAUCCUCUCUAGCAUUCUUCGCAUGCAUUCCACGGAGGGCAGGUCCAAGGCCUUCAGCACCUGCAGCUCCCACUUGAUUGUGGUUUGUCUUUUCUUUGGUUCUGGGGCUUUCAUGUACCUCAAGCCGCCUUCCAUUUUGCCCCUUGAUCAAGGAAAAGUGUCUUCCUUGUUCUAUACGAUUGUGGUGCCCAUGUUGAAUCCUCUGAUCUAUAGCUUGAGAAAUAAGGAUGUCAAAGUUGCUCUGAGGAAAACCUUGAGUAAGAGAACAUUUUCUUAA